AUUAAAGCAAAGCUCUCUCCGCCGAUUUAUCGGCCUCCUCGCCGGACAUUUAAAUCCUUAUUUCCCAUUUUACCCUUUCUCUUAAACUCUCUCUCUUACUCUGUUUUUUUCCUCAUUAAAAAAUCUUGCGACACAAAGAGAUGGGCAAAGCCGCUACCCUCUUUGUGAAACACACUCUUUUUGAAAAUUAAAAUAAGAAAAGAAAAACCUAGCUUGGUGAGACCUAGGGUUAGUUUAGUCAUUCAUUGCGCCAUGUGUCGGCGAUGACAGUCAACCUCUUCUAAAUAUAACCAUCAUCGGCGAAGGAGAGUAUACAGAGAUGUACAAAGAGCGAGUCGGUGGCUCCAAAUCAGAGGUUGUAGGUUCAGUUGAUCGGAAGCGGAUUAACGACGCAUUAGACAAGCAACUCGAAAGAUCCUCUCCAUCCACUUCCAGAGCCACGAUCAACGGCAAGGAUUUGUCCGUUCUGAUGGGGAAGCAUCCAGCUGAUCAUCACCGAGACGCUCGCGCCGCUUCGCUCACCAAAAACAACGCCUCUGAUGAGGAAUCUGAAACAGACACUGAGGAGUCUGAUGUCAGUGGUUCUGAUGGGGAGGAUACGUCUUGGAUCUCAUGGUUUUGCAAUCUUCGAGGAAAUGAGUUCUUUUGUGAAGUGGAUGAUGAUUAUAUUCAAGAUGAUUUUAACCUCUGUGGUUUAAGCAGCCAAGUUCCUUAUUAUGAUUACGCACUCGAUUUAAUUUUGGAUGUUGAGUCCUCACACGGUGAUAUGUUUACAGAGGAACAAAACGAAUUGGUUGAAUCUGCAGCAGAAAUGCUUUAUGGUCUAAUUCAUGCCCGAUACAUACUGACUAGCAAAGGAAUGGCUGCUAUGUUAGACAAGUACAAGAGCUAUGACUUUGGUAGAUGCCCAAGAGUCUAUUGUUGUGGACAACCCUGUCUCCCUCUUGGUCAAUCAGACAUUCCUCGUUCAAGCACUGUGAAAAUAUAUUGCCCCAGAUGUGAAGAUGCUUACUACCCUCGAUCAAAGUAUCAAGGUAACAUUGAUGGAGCGUAUUUUGGAACCACAUUCCCUCACCUGUUCCUGAUGACAUAUGGGCACCUGAAGCCACAGAAGGCAGCCCAGAACUAUGUUCCAAGAGUAUUUGGGUUCAAGAUCCACAAGCCAUGAUGCUGGAAUAGGAAGCUUCUUUGGGUGAGAGAAUUCAGAAAAUUGUAUUAUCUAGCUUCUAUGUGGAAGUAUUGCUUUUGAGAAUUCAGUCUAGGCUUUCUUUUACAUGUUUUAAAUAGUAACGUAAAGCAAAUUCACUAU